GCGCCGACGUUGAGGAUCUUUUUAUCAUGAAUAUUAAUUAAAACCACUGCAUCCCGGGAUUGUGAAGGACGCGUUUUGCCAACUCGGAAAGGUCUUUUCUUAUGAAUAUUAAUUAAUCCGUUGCAUGCUGGGAUACCACCGGAAGCGUUGCGCUGACAAUCAAAAAAAGUCGACGGCUGCCGCGUGCACUUUUCACCCUGACUUAGAGUGAGGGAGGGCAGGUGGUGCGAAGUACCUGGUCUUUCUGGACAGAUUCGUUAUAAAGACACUUAAUGGAAAUACUACGGUUAUGGCGUAUUAUCCUGAUCUGUACACGGUGAAGGAGAACUGUCACUGACAGCUGAUCAGACGUUUAGUUACACAGCGAGCAGUCCAGCAAACUCCCUCGGAUACAUCUUCAGGCAGCCAUGAAGUAUUUCUUCAACGAGACGGAGAUCAGGAGCGUGUGGGACCACGUCGUGUCUGCCUUCUGGCAGAGGUACCCCAACCCGUUUAGCAACCAUGUCCUGACAGAGGAUGUGAUCUUCCGUGAGGUGACUGCCGACCACAGACUCCUCACCAGACGCCUCCUGACCAAAACGAAUCGCCUUCCACGGUGGGCAGAGAGGUUCUUCCCCUCCAACCUAUCACGCUCCGUCUACAUUGUGGAGGACUCUAUUGUGGACCCAGCUCAGCGGAACUUGACCAUCUUCACGUGGAAUCUCAACCACACGACUCUGAUGACGGUCGAGGAGCGCUGUGUGUUUCGGGAGAGCCAGCAGCAGCCCGGUUGCACCCAGUUGAAGCGAGAGGCCUGGAUCUUCUCCCGGGUGUACGGCUUCUCUCGACCCAUACAGGAGUUUGGCCUGGCCCGCUUCAAGAAGAACCAGGUGAAGGCCAUGAAGGGUCUCGAAUAUGCGCUGGCCAACUUGCACGGAGAGGCGCCGCAUUGGCUGCGCAGGGAUGCAGUGAAAGACGCUUCUGGGAAGGCUAAGGAGGCGGCGCAGGCCGCCACGGAGACAGCCAAGAACCUCGCCACGGCCGCCAACCCCAAGAAGGCCCGGCAGUUCGUGUGACCCAGGUGCCCCGUUCAAAGUCAACGUGUGAUCAGAGAGGGGAGUGACCCUUGAGCGGGGCCCUCAGCAGUGCCUUCAGCAGUGUGUCUCCAGCCUGCUUGGACCGAAAGGCGCUGAGAGAGGGACGAGCGCAAUCUCCGCAAUAAGAGAACUGCCAUCUGCCUGUGACUGUUAACUAAUCAUUAGUGACAUGUUGUAGUUCUACAUCUCAUUCAGUCUUAACAGUUCGAUUCUUCAUGUUGUAAAAGGUUCAGAAGUUGACAGGUGCGCUGUUAUCACCCCUGUAUAAUGUUUGUAAUGAGUGUUUUUACAAAAGUGUUAAUGUUUGUUUUAAACCAAUGGCCUCAUUUCUGUUUGCAAUUUCCGUCACUGCGAUUACAUGGAAAUCUUACCGCAUUCCUCUUUAGGUGAGUAAAUAUGAUGUACUGCAUUCAUAGAAAUUUGCAGGUGCUCCUUUUAACUUGGCUCUGAGACGGACUGUAAAUGUUGUAAUCUGUACGGCGUUUGGGAAUUGGCGCCAAGUGGCACGGAGGCAGCAGCAGGAAGUGGAGAUACUGUGUCGUGCUGCAGGGACUGUAGCGCUGGAGCCCUGGGUGGAGCUCUGCUCUAGUCCCACCGGGACAGGAGCUCAGAACUUAUCCCGCCUGGUUACCCAUGUUACCCAACGUCCACGGGGAGGAUCCCCUAGCUUGGGGAAAUACAGCGACCGUGUUUUACCCUGCGCACCUGACGAGGAGGCCGAACAGGAGACGAGGAGCCAGGGACUCCUUCAGAGUGUCACCUGAAAGGCCUGGCUGUCUGCAGGGUCUCUGGGGUGACAAUCAAAAGGCUUGUUACUAUCUGCAGUUGCUGCACUGUAUUUUCAGUGUGACAUGUAGAAGAGUUGACUUUGAUUGGAUUUUGGGAAAUUGACACCUUCUGCCUGACAGUGUUGUCGGGGCAACAGCAGUGCAGGUUUCCGUCUUUGAAAUGUCAUUUGAAGGGGCAAACGGCAGAGGGCGCACAGGAAGCUUAAAUACCUUUUUGUCACCACACUGAAUAAACUGUCACCAGGG